CAAAAAUUGUUAAAACGUGGCUGCGCCACGAUCUGAAAAUCUCCACAUUAUUUCCGAUAUUUCGGAUUUUCAAAGAGGUUAAUCAACUUGAGAGAGUCAAGAUGCUGUCACGUGUUGCACGCAAUAUUGUUCCUUGUACAAGAGGUGUACUUGGUCGCCUCCAGCAUACCAAAGCUAAGGAGUUGCCCAUCCAACUAUCAUCAGCAUCCCAAGACGUUUUUGAUCGUGAGAAUAAAUAUGGAGCCCACAAUUACUCCCCAAUUCCUGUGGCUCUGGCCAAAGGAGAAGGCUGCCAUGUGUGGGAUGUUGAGGGAAACCACUACUACGACUUUCUGAGUGCAUACGGCGCAGUCAACCAAGGCCAUUGUCAUCCAAAGAUCAUCCAGGCUCUAAAGGACCAAAGUGAAGUCCUCACUCUCAGCUCAAGGGCGUUCUACAACAAUGUUUUGGGAGAAUUUGAGGAGUUUAUUACUUCACUUCUUGGUUAUGACAAAGUUCUUCCUAUGAAUACUGGUGUGGAAGGUGGUGAAACAGCUUGUAAACUGGCAAGAAAAUGGGCAUACAAUGUCAAGAAAGUGCCAAAGAAUCAAGCCAAGGUCCUCUUUGCUGACGGUAACUUCUGGGGCCGGACAUUGGCAGCUAUUUCCAGUUCAACUGAUCCAUCGAGUUAUGAGGGAUUUGGACCUUUCAUGCCUGGAUUUGGUCUCAUUCCUUAUAAUGACCUGAAAGCAUUAGAAGAAGCUGUGCAGGACCCCAAUGUGUGUGCCUACAUGGUUGAGCCGAUCCAAGGUGAGGCUGGCGUCGUCGUUCCUAACCCUGGCUAUAUCAAGUCUGCGAAAGAAAUCUGUGCCAAACAUAAUGUGUUGUUGAUUUGUGAUGAGGUGCAGACUGGAUUGGCUCGCACAGGCAAGCGGCUGUGUGUUGAUCAUGAUGGUGUGAAGCCAGAUAUCCUUAUCUUAGGAAAAGCUUUGUCAGGAGGUCUCUACCCAGUGUCUGCUGUGAUGGCUGAUGAUGAGGUGAUGCUACAGAUCAAACCAGGAGAGCAUGGUUCAACUUAUGGUGGCAACCCACUUGGAUGUAAAGUGGCAAUUGCAGCCUUGAGGGCAAUUGAAGAAGAAGGGAUGGCUGAAAACUCAGCAAUUAUGGGUGAAAGGUUGAUGGCUGGUUUAAGGAAAUUGCCCUCUAGUGUUGUGGAACUCACACGGGGGAAAGGACUGAUGUCUGCUAUCGUCAUCCCAGAGCGGUUGAAUGCGUGGGAUGUGUGUUUAAGAUUACGAGACAAUGGCCUGAUUGCCAAACCAACACACGGGACAAUCAUUCGAUUCACGCCACCAUGCAUCAUGAAAGCUGGAGAGAUUGAUGAAUGCCUCGAGAUCAUUGAGAAGACCAUUGUGUCAUUCCAGUAAAACUUCAUACAAGAUAAAUGGAGAGCUUUCUCCUCUAAGACAGACUUUCACCUUUGCCUCCUCUAAGUUAUUCAAGGUCAUUGAAUCCUUCUGCUUGUAUACCUUUUGGGACUGUGAAUUGUGAAUUCUGUUAUAUAAACAAACAAGCUGGGUGAAUUCUUAGGAAUGAUUAGAAUUUUAAUUUUUCGUUUCUGUAUUGAUACCAGUUAUUUUUACCCGCAACAUAUAAUGCAAAUUGUUUCUCUUCAGAGAAUUCUCAUGUUGUCAAAACUGCUCAAUUAAUGUAAUCAGUUACAUUAUUCUAAAUAAAGUAUAUUUUCGAAUGUCUUUCUCCUUCUAUGUUGCAUACCAGUGCAAUGCACAACAAAACUUGUUUUAUUGGUUCUUUGUAUCCAGUAAUGUCCAUUGGUAAAUGUUUUGUCUGCAUCAUUUGUGGCUGUGGAAGCCAAAUUGGUUGUCACAUUUCUUUCAAGUUUGUUUUUAUUGAUGUGUGCUUAGCGACCAAACAAGAUUUUUUUAACCACUGCAAAAAAAUAAACGAAUAUCCUAUAACAAGUUUUUAGACAUUUAAAACUGGCUGGUCACAAAAUCACCUGAAGACGAAAUGAGUUAGACUUUGUCUGUAAUAUAUGCUUUUAGAUUUAUUUAGUUCAGACUUGCAUACUGUAUGUUCCGAAAUCUUGGAAUCUCACAAUAUUGUCUUCCUGUGCAGCUUAUUGAUACUACCCGGUAUUCAUUUAUGAUCGUUUUGGUGGAGUUGCUAAGUAUAAAUACUUAUGUUAUUAUCUCAAUAUCAGAGAAUUUUCAGCGUACUUAUUUAAUAAUGCCGGACUCUUAAUCAUGUUUGGAAUGACGUAUUUUUGUUGGCAAAUAUAGAGUGUGCUCCAUUUAA